CUAAGUUUGUAUAGGUGUUCUGUGGUUCUAAUAUGUGCCUCCAAUGAAUCGCAGGCGAGUUCAUUGCAGUACCAACCGCGGAGUAUAAAUCGCUCGUCACUCCUGCAGCCACAGCCAGCCCUGUACUACUGCGUCAGGCCGUGGACUAUGCUUGCGUUUGGCGCCGUACGCGUGAUGACCCGCUGGUCAGUACGCCGAUGCAUUCUCUUGGCGACAGCGGCGAGGCCAAGCACGGCGAAGUCUCUGGUCACGGAUCGCUGUGCGUUGUUGCUCAGCGAUCAUACUACCUACCUGUGGACAGCUCGCAACGUUCCGUGCUUGCAGCCCCUGAGGAGCAAGUCCAAGAAAGCGAAGAGCAAGCCACCGGCCGCCCAGGAUGAAGAAGAGGACGAGGAAGAGGGUGAGGAGGAGGAAGCAGAGAGCCAGGAGUAUGGAGACAAUGAGCGGGUGGCCUUUGUGAGCUCACUUCGAAUAGACAGCAUUAUGAAAGCUGGCAUCAACAUGUCCAAGACGAAAGUUCUCGAGAGCUUCUACGAUGGCAGCAUACGUCUAAAUGGCCAGAAGGUCCCCAAAAAGAGCAUCCAGGUUUCCACAGAACUAUUAUGUCAAACGCUUGCCUUUGCUUCGAGUUGUUGACAAAUUUGACUUCUCCCUGCCAUCCGCUAGCUGCCUGGUUAGCUCAGAUGGUAGACCGGCUGCCCCAGAAAGGCAGUGAUCCCGGGUUGGAAACUCGGACCAGGACAAAUGUUUCGUCAACUGCGAGGCUUUUCUUUCAAGGAACACGUAUGGGUUUCCUUUUUAGCAACUGCUAUGAUUGGGUGGAUGUCUCAUUUUGCCUUAGUUACCUCUCUCCACCUUGCGGGUUUCCGCUGAACUAUUACGUCCAUAUUUAAAUACGAAUAAAAUGCAGAAAUGGUUUUAUGGGACAACCACUGGACCGACUUAAAUGAAAUUUGUUGCAUUUGACAGGUGAAGCUAAAUUCUAGUGACUGUAGGAAGCAGAAUGUUGAUUUUAGGGCAUGGAAUAUUUUACAGUUCUUGAAAAUCCGUAAUAUUAAAGUUCUUAUUAAAAUUAUUAUUAUCAAAGUUUACAAAUCCGUAACCACACCAAAAUCACAUAUGACAGUUUUGUAAACUGUGUCCAUUAGAGCAUAUAAAUUGACAAACUUGAUAUACAAGUUUACAGCUUACAUACAGCUUACAUGAAAUUGUUGCUGUGUUUAUGAGAAAUUUGCAGAAGUCCUACUCACAUAAUACUGACCCAUAUUUCAUAGCGGUGUAUACUAAACCAAUUUUGUCUGCUCUAGAUGCGUUAUUAGCUGCAGUUUACAGAAUUGUGAUAUCACUUUUUAUUGCCAAGUUGUAAACUUGAUAUUUGAGUUUUCUGAAAUGUUUCACUUCUCAUUAAUUUUUAGCAAGCAAUUGAUGGCCUGAAUAAGAAAUCUGCUUCUUAAAGUCAUUAGGACCUUUUUUCUCGUAAAUGCAACAAACCUAAUCAAAUUCAAUGCAGUGAUCAUUGAGAAAAACAAUAUCUCUGUCCUCGUGUGGCAUUUUGAUGGGAGCCCCCAGGUAAAGCUUCCUUGUAAAUGGACCGAGCCAAGUGUUGCCCUUUACUGUCCCUGUUCCAAAGCACUCUGUUGGCUGUUGUUAUUC